GUCAACAGUACCAGUCCUGUCAUAGCCCACGAAAGCGUCUUGAAACGCUUCGUGAUGGGAUGCUUCAUUGCCUCGGUAAACGAGGUCAGAGAAAGGCCCCCGGCCAUCCCAUUUUUGACGAACUUGGUGUCUUUGAUGAUGGCCAUGCCAGUCGAAAACAUGCCGAUGUACAGUGCGAAAGCCAUCGAGAGGUGCGCAGCGAGUCGGUAAUGGGAGACACGAGGAACAGCACCGUUUUCGAUGAUGGAGUCUUCGAGCCCAGACUGGACCAUGUACCAUCCGAGAGCGCCUUGAGCGCCGAUGAGCAGGCCGAGGCCACCGAGUUUGAGGGCUAGCGGAGUAGAGAUCUUCUUCGUGGCCUUGAAAUAGAUAAGCGGUCCCACAAAAACGAGGCCUAUAAGGCGCCCGAGAACACGAUGUCCCCAUUCCAUGUAGAAGAUGCGCUUGAAGUCUUCGAGAGAGAUGGAGUGGUUCAACCUAAAGCAGCGGUUAGAACAUCGCAUUCUGAAAGGAGGGCAGGGCAAGCGCACAUCUUGAACUCCGGUGUGGCCUUGUACUUGGUGAAUUCCUCCUCCCACGCUUCCUGCGUCAUGGGAGGAACAACACCUGUGAUGGGUUUCCAUUCCGUGAUACUCAACCCAGAUUCAGUCAAACGAGUGACACCUCCAACGACGACGACGGCCAACACGAGUACGGACGAGACCAUGAGCCAUAUGCCCACGGAGACAGGUGGUGGGGGUGCAGUGCCCGGGGUCGCCGCGUCGAUUGUCGCGUCUGUUACGGUAGAUGUUUUCUGCCCUGGAACGGUCCGUGGAAUACCGUCGUCGGCAGUGAGUUUUGAUGUGUGCUUGGACGCAUCGAGAGUCACCCAUCGACGCACGGGGAGACGAGAGAUCCCCGUUUUAGUUGGUGCGAAGCGCGCAGAGAUGCAUGGGCGCGACGCCGCAGUGAAGGAGGCAGACCGAAAUGGAGAGCAGAACGCAGUUUGUGGGGCACGAGAGCACGCUGAGAGGCUCCUGGAUUGAGUGGCUCUCUUGAGGGCACCCAGCAGCAUGUCGGGAGAGACGAGAGACUGGAAAAAGUCGGGUAGGAUCGAGUGCUCAGUCACGACAAUUCUAGUCUCGUGUAGUCAUCUAUAAUUACGCGCUUUCUUGGCGGCCGGUUGCUCGGCCUUACAGCUGCCUUUCUCAGUAGUUCGGCGGCCGAUGACCAAUUCCCGACUACCCACUUCAGCUCUGCUUUUGCGGUCAUAAUGCUUGCGCUUUCGACGCGUCGAUUAUUCGCGACCUCAUUAUGCCGUGUCCGGGUCUUCUCGACGCCCGCUUCUCCAGUCUCUACAGAAGAUGUCAUCCGCGCCAAGCUGACUGAAAAGUUUUCUCCGUCUCAACUACAGAUUGAAGACGUCUCUGGAGGAUGCGGGACAUUCUUUGCCAUUGUGAUUGCCAGUGACUCGUUCCGGGGGAUGCCCACGGUCAAGCAACACCAGCUAGUAACACGGACCAUCAAGGAGGAGAUAGCUGACAUUCAUGGACUCCAAGUAAGGCACAGAGCCACACUUAUCUGCCGCCUAUGCUCAUGUGACACAGAUAAAAACCUCGCAAUGAUCUUCGUCAGCCCCGAUGACCUGUUGCAUACUACACGGUCUCGAUUUCUGGUCCAGGUCUCGCUUCGCGACGGAGACUGUUAUGGUGCCCCAUCAUUGAAGAACGCACAAGCUUUUCGAUAG